AUGAAAAAGGCAGGUAUUGAUCAAAUACCGGUUGUUGACAAUAAUGGGGGUAUGGUUGGUAUGUUGACUCUGCAGAAUUUAAUGAAUGGAUUGAUAUCUGGGAAAGUACAAUCAAAUGGCAAUUUUGAAAGAUGUAUUGUGAGAAUUUUUCCCAAAGUAUACACUACUGCUAACCUUGGAAUUGUAUCCAGAAUUUUGGAGAGAGAGUCGUAUGUUUUGAUUUUAGAAUCACAAGGUUCUGGAGUUUCUCGAAUAGAAAAACCAAUUGGAAUCAUAACAGCCAUGGAUCUUCUUCCCUAUAUUCAGAAGAAAUGUUGA